AUGGCAGGAGAGAUUGCUACACCCAACAACACCUUGUAUGUGUCAAAUAUUGACUGGAAGAUCAAGAAGGCCCUGCUUCGAAGGGCCCUACAUACUCUUUUCACAAGACAUGGCAAGGUGCUAGAAAUCAUUACCCUCCGACGGGAUGGUUUGCGAGGACAAGCCUGGGUCAUUUUUGAAGACGUCAAGGCUGCCACGGCUGCCUUGCAUCACGAACAAGGCUUUUCGUUCUUUGAAAAAGAUUUACGGUUAGCCUAUGCGAAAUCCAAGUCGGACCGAAUUGCCAAGCGGGAUGGAACCUACGUCCCCAAGGCCAAGCGCCAAAAGGCGGACGCUGCUGUUGGUGCAUCCGAUGAAACGGCGGCACCUCCUCCACCAUCACAGGAACAACAAGUACCACCUGCACCGGCAGACGAUGAAGGACAAGAUGACGAGGUCAAGGCACCACCCUCGCAUAUAUUAUUUGCCAAGGACUUGCCAUCUCAGUGUAAUGAAAUGAUGUUGGGCAUGCUCUUUCGGCAAUAUACUGGCUAUAAGGAAGUGCGUAUUCCAAGAGUGGGUUUGGCCUUUGUGGAAUUUGAUAGUGAACCUCAUGCCACUUUGGCCAUGGAGCGGUUGGAUGGUUUCAAGUUGACCACAAAUGAUACUUUGAAACUAAACUACGGGAAAGCAUAA